UACAAUGAGAAAAAAGGUUGCUAAUGUUGCUGUUGUUGAGAGAAGGAUCAACUAUCUUUUUCAGCUUGCUCAUCAGUGCAUUACAACAAAAGAUGUAGAUAAAGAAAUGUGCAGAUAUCAUGUGAAAACUUUGAAGAAGAUAGCAAUGAAGAAUGUGAUAAGACUCCACACAAAUAUAAAGAGGAAAAUUUGUAAGAAAUGUGACCUGUUACUGCAUGCCGGAAUAACGGCCAAAGUUAGAUUAACCAGGUCACCAAACAGAGCAGUCACAGUGCAGUGUAUUGAGUGUAAGAAUGUAAAGAAAUUUCCAUGUAAUAACCAAAAUUAUAAGAUCUGGAUAGAGAAAUAUGAAAAUCUUCAAGAAACAAUGAAGUCAUAAAAAUACCAUCAUCAAAGUAGCUGAGAAUUAUGGGAAGUGUUCUUCUGUGUGCAAAAAAACUCAUAAUGAGACAUUAGGAAUCACAGGUUCUGCUGACUAAGAGGAGAAAUGAGUUACUCAAGCCCAGACUGAGUUGCCAUCAAAAUAUCUAUCCUGUUUGCUGCUAUACUUCACUGGUAAUUUGACAACAAAGCAAGAAGAAAAAAAGCCUGAACUUAGAAAUUUAUUUGUACAAAGAUCAUUCUAGAUAUGUUAAAAUUAAUAUCAACAGUAUUGAGUUGCAUUCAACCUUACAAAAACAUUCUUAUAAAUACCUGUGCAAUAUUAUGUAUUCAUUCCACUCCCUGAUAUUUAGUAAUAAUAACAAAAAAUAAUUUGAAAAAAAAAUGUUAAUAUUACAAAAUUUAAAAAAAAAAUCAUAAAAGUGCUUAGUAAUAAAUUAUUGACAAUUAAAUUUACUGUUGUUGAUUGAAUCAACCUUCAAUAAACCAUGGUGGGUGAAGACUGGCCCAAAGGCCACGAUGGUUCAACAAAACAUGAUCAACCAGAACAAUUGAAAAAAAAACAGUUAUGUGCUGUCAAUAGAAAACAGUACAGUUUAAAUCAUCAUCGCCUCUUACGGGCAUUUGUAGAAGCAGGCCUAGUUUGCAAUGACAAGUUUAUUUUGGACAGUCCAUGUAUCCAUUUUUGUGAAUUAAUUCUUUACAAGAACACAUAAUGAUUUGCUAAACACAUUAACCAAGAGAGAGAGAAAAAAUAAGUGUACAAAGGCUUCAUAGUGUGUUAAUGAGAAAAAUUUUCCAAAUCAGUUUCAAAUGGUGUUUAACAAAAUUUUG